CCCGGCAGCCCGCAGUCCUACGAGGAGCUGCAGACCCAGCGGGUCAUGGCCAACGUGCGGGAGCGGCAGCGCACGCAGUCGCUGAACGAAGCCUUCGCCGCCCUGCGGAAGAUCAUCCCCACGCUGCCCUCGGACAAGCUGAGCAAGAUCCAGACCCUCAAGCUGGCGGCCAGGUACAUCGACUUCCUCUACCAGGUCUUACAGAGCGACGAGCUGGACUCCAAGAUGGCAAGCUGCAGCUAUGUGGCCCACGAGCGGCUCAGCUACGCCUUCUCGGUGUGGAGAAUGGAGGGCGCCUGGUCCAUGUCCGCAUCCCACUAGCAGGCGGCGUGCCCCACCCGCAUCCUCCCGGCAGGAGCCCUAGAUGACAUUGUUCCCACAGAAGGAGAGAAUGGACAAUCUAGAGACUCUGAAGUUGGAUACGAUUUUUUUGUUCUUGUCUAACAAAAAAUGUACCAAGGAUUUCUUGGAAAUUACAAGAGUAAUAUCCAAAUUCAAAGCAGGGCGUGGGGAGCACUUAAGGAAAGAAAGAGAGAAGGGCUUUGGACAGUGACUACCCUCUGGGCGUCGGUACAAUCCACACAUCUCUGCAUUCUGAUAGAAGUCUGAAUCGUUCGAUUUUUUUUUUUUUUUUUUUAUUUUGACGAAGAAUGUUGGAAUUGAACUUUUUUUGAAAAUUUUUUAUUUGCCCUUUUUUUUCAUGCAUGCAUUCCCAAGAGGUCGUGCCUAUGAGCCACUGAUGAAAGGAAAUACAUUAUUGCAUUGUUAUGGACUUUCUUCAUUCUUGAAUGAAACCAAGCAGCCA